AUGAUAUUCCGGAUCGCGGCGAUGCAGCCGGUCCACGUGGACCCGGAGUCGGUGAAGCGGCCGAGGAGGAAGAACGUGAGGAUCUCGACGGACCCGCAGAGCGUGGCGGCGCGCCACCGCCGCGAGAGGAUAAGCGAGCGGAUCCGGAUCCUGCAGCGGCUGGUGCCCGGCGGGACGAAGAUGGACACGGCCUCGAUGCUCGACGAGGCCAUCCACUACGUCAAGUUCUUGAAGAGCCAGGUGCAGUCGCUUGAGCGGGUCGCCCGCCCGCCCCGGCCCGAGGACACCGGGCUCGGGUUCCCCGUGGCGAUGUCGAGCGGGAGCUAUUAUCCGGCGGCGGCGGAGGGUACCGUUGAUAGGGGGAUUGGAUAUGGUGUUGAUUAA